GAGUCGAUCCAGGAAGAGCGAGAGAGCAGUAGUGUAAAAAGAAAAGUCGUAUUUUCAGACUGAUUGCUCUUGGCUGGAUGGAACAGAGUCUGAACUUGCUUCCCAUUUUGUGCUUUAUUAUACGAUUGUGCCGUCUGCAGUUCCUGUAGGAAAAACUAAGUACAGUGAAAAUCAAUUCCUUCGACGGACGAUUGCAGAUUAGCGAUAGUCCUAGCAAACGUUCGUUUGUGGCUAUCAUUUAAGUUGCGGCUGUGACGCAGAAAUCGCCCCAUUUUGAGGUCAAAAGUGCAGUCGAUAGAAAUAACACGGACAAGCAGGCAGUGGCAGCGUUUCUGUGGCAAACACCAAGAAAACAAGGAAAAGAAGAAGAAGCAGCAGAGGAACUGAUACAGAAGAAAACCGUCACGAAGCAGACUGCAAAGAGUGCAAGGGAAAAAUCAGUAGGCGCUCUAUCGCCAGACGUGAAACUCCAUUUUUUCUGUGGCUAUCCGUCUCUGUCACACUGCAGCCAACAGUCCCCGUCGAGCAGCAUUCUCUCGCAAGGCACGUUCGUCAGCAGGGAAAAAAAAGAAACUACGAGUAGUAAAACCACGACAAAGUAAGCGAAGACGGCGACACAAGCAUUACGGAGUAGUAAGUGGCAGCGGCAUCACAAAUCAAGCAAAAGACGAUCGAAGUGAGAGAGAAAUUUUUCCAAUGUCGUGAAAUGGAGCAGAUGAAGUGUGCAAAAGUGACAGAAGUGGCAGCAGUGUCUUCCCAGUUCAAUUAAUUGAGCACAAUUGCAGUUCCGCGCGGGGGUUACGGGACUCAAUUUACAAUCGAGAACGGUGUCAUUCAUUUUCCCUAGAACUCUGCUGCAAGAGCUAUUCGAUAUUGCAAGGCGAUCAAGAAAGAAAAUUGAUACGUAAGACGGUGGCUGAUCGGGCAGCACAACGUACAACCGUGUGGGCUAUAACUAUAGAUAUACUGUAUUGACACACAGAGUCCAAAUGCACGUACACACGCACACCGGGCAGCAUUAGAAGAUCCGGGGAGUGGACCGGAGGCGACGAAGGCGGAACAAAAUGAAGCCAUAACACCUACGUUCACCAUCUGCUCGGGAAAAAGCUGUAAAAGGGCCAGUUCCGGCGGGAUAGCAGCUGCGUGCGGACAUGCUAGUGUGAGAUUGGCUCCGAAGAAACCCAUUCCGGAGUCGGACUGACCGAAAAAAGUGACGGCUGAAUCAAAAUAUUUACAUAACCACGGUGUCGACGUCGAUCGAAAGCGCAUAGGUUGUUGCUUUCCAGUUUUUUUUGUGUUGUUUUCGUGGUUGUCCGUCUCUGUUUCUCUCUGUCUAUAUAUCUCCGCUGUGUGAGUGUGUUUCAUGCCAUUAAAACAUAAGAAAGUGCUUUGAAAGAUAAAACAUACGAGUAAACUAAUAAGAAUCGGGGGAAUAAGAAAAAAAUGCUAUUGGAUGUAAGAUAAUCGAGCUGAGAGUGACAAACAGUUUGUGGAGAUAUCGUAAAAUGGAUUUGUUGUAGCUCUGUGUCUUGGUGAAGUGAAGAAGAAAAAAAGUGAACAACCUUAAUCUGAGUGUUCUUUUUUGCUUGCUUCACCCGAUAGUUUUUCUUCCAUCGAAUUAUCGUGAGUUUUCGAUGUGGAUGAGCGGCCAGCGAAGCAGUUAUUUCCUUAGUUUCCGUUCGGUUCUACACUUUUAUUUGUGCCUUAGUUCCUGCCGCAUGUUUCUGCUACAAUGCGAAAGCUAAGUGUCAACACGGGAGGAAUGUCACGACAAUCGAAAACAGCACCUCAAGCGAAGAAGGUGAUGCCACCGGCUGUACCAGACGUGUACGGUAGAACAACUGGCGGUGGUGGAGGCGGCACUCAGGCUGCAACUUACGCAACGGCGACCGGUGCUGCGGUUGACGAUAACGGUUUUAUCAUACAGCAGGAAACACCUUCCUCGUUAAUGAUUCGCUACGAUCAUACGGAUUUCGCCGAUGAUCAAGGAAUUGAUCUGACCCAGUCACCGGGUCGAGACAGUCCAAUUAGUUUGUCCGGAUCGGCUGGUUCCGGUUCGCGUCAUUCGACAGCCAGUUUAGACUCGGGACGUGCGUCUUCCUACCUGACCGGUGCUUCGACAUCCUCAAAUCGUAGUGCCGGUGGCUACGGGACACUCUCGUCCCCUCGCUGUUCCGUCAGUUCAUGCUCGAUUGGAAGUGGCAAUCGGUUGAGCAAUCACUCGAAUCGCAGCGAUCACGACAUCAUCUCGGAAUGGCUGAUGGAGAUCCACUUUCACGAGUAUACUUAUUUGUUCUUGGAAGCCGGUUACGACCUGCCGACGAUAGCGAGAAUGACGCCAGAGGAUUUAACUGCAAUCGGCAUCAAACAACCGAACCAUCGAGAAAGACUGAAGCGACAUAUUGAUGCGCUAAAACUACCUGAUGCUUUGCCUAACUAUGUUCCGGGAUCGAUUGAGGAGUGGUUGCGGUUGCUCCGGUUGGAAGAAUACGUUCAGCCACUGUUGGCUCAAGGUUACGUAACUGUUAACGAUGUCACCCAGCUGACGUGGGAAGACCUGGAGGAUAUUGGAAUAGUUAAAUUAGGUCAUCAGAAAAAGAUUCUGCUGGCAAUUAAGCGCGUGAAAGAUAUCAUCAGUGGUAAACUGGGUGGUCCGUAUGUUGGCCAAGUGACGGUGCCGAUGUUACAACCGACUACGGCAGCACUGCACUGCCAACCGAUGAGGGCACCGUUCGACGAAUCACUGGAACCGAAACAGCUUACAUAUUCAACAUUCAUGCGGCAAACAUCAGCCGGGAACGACCCGUACUACUGUCAGCAACAUUUACAGCAGCAACCGAUCUCCUAUCCUCACGUCCAUUUUGAUGGCAACCAAGCAAUCUAUCGCCGCAGUUCGUAUGACGAUAGCGACAUCACGCCCACGAACGAAAUAUCUUCGAUGAUGAGUAGCGAACAUCACGGGACGGUUAGCCAUCAGCAAUACUAUCAAGGUGGUGGAACACUUCCCAGACAGCACCAGCGGAACAACUACGGCGUUCGGUUAACGCUGUGUCAGAAUUCUCCUAGCACUACCCAGCGACAACGACCAAUAGCAAAAAUUGUAGCGAAUAAUCUUAAACUGGCGCCCACUUCGGACGGUGGUCCUGCGCCUCCUUAUCCAAAUCCAAUGAUUGGCCACAUCGAGAAUGUCGAAAUGGCCACUGCCGCGCUAGAUGCCAUGCACUUUUCCAAUUACUCCUCUUUCAAUCACCAUCCGCUUAAAUACAAUCCUACGCCCGCUAGCCAACAGCCUCAGCCGAUCUAUCACAAUCAGAUUAUCCUUCAGCAGCAGCAACAGCAACAACAACAGCAACAGCAGCAACAACAACAGCAACAAUUCUAUUCCAACUAUGCCGGCCAAACGCAUCAAACCACAGUCGAAAUUCACAAAACUCAACACGAUAACAAGAGCAACUCGAGCCUGGAAUCGAUCGAUCAGAUUCCGUUCGCGAACGAAAACGCCGGUACGAUCAAGCAGCGCUCGAUGAACCGUACCGAGCACCAUCCGUUGCACAUGCUGUCCCACUCAUCGUCCUCCACGUCGUCGUCGUCGUCGACUGGUUCGAUCACGACGACCCUGGCCGGGUGCAUACAGCAACUGUCACCGUCGCAGUCCGAUUCGCAGUCUGGAUGCCAACAGCAGCAAUCGCAGGGCCAGGCCAAUUGCUCAAUUGCCCUCUCCGGGUCUGCAUCAACCAACAUCUCACCGACACAGGUCAGCGCUGCAGUCGGGGUGGUCGGAACCAACGUCCUAAAUGACAUCGGCAACAUGCUGGCCAACCUGACCGAUGAGCUGGAUGCGAUGCUGGAGGAGGAGAACCGCGUCGGGAUUAGCGAUGGAGACUAAACUGAAUUGACGUCCAGGAGUCUCCAAGAAGAAAACGUGUGACCCGAAUGAGAUGCUGGAACGAUGGCUGUUGGCAAGGAUUACACACAACCGAGAAAUAAGCAAAAAAAAUCAACACAGAACAAGGGAAACGUCCGGUAAAAUCCAUUUAUGUUCUAGCCAAUUAAAACACCAACAGCAAAGAGCAGAUAACGGCGAACAACAAAAAAACAGCAAACUACAUCCCGGUAGCAUCAUCCGCAUCAUCAUUCAUUUAGUAAAAUUGAUUUUCAUUUUGUUUAUUAUGCCUCCACACACUGAUAUAGUUUUAAAACUAAGCAAAUCUACUUAAGGGUGUCCCUCCUGGCUCAUCCCCAACAUGAGGGUCUCCUCUCCCCGUUCCAACCGCAUGCUGCUGGUUCAAUUUUCUUAGUUCCCGCGUCAGGUCAGAGGUACGACUAGGUGUGUGUAUGUGUGUGGUUGUAUAUUUCACUCAUCUGGAGAAGGAGACAAUAAUUGAGUUAUAGAUAAACGAUUGGAUACAUUGCCGACACGAAAAAUUGAAUCUCUACGAACAGUUGAACUUCUCCGCCAUAGACAACACCACUCUGAUUGGCUGGCUGAAAGCGGAAGCGGAAUCUGCGGUAUGGACGAGAAAAAGCAACAGCAGCAGCAGCAGAAUUUGGUUGGAAAUUGGGUUCGAGAAACCGUAACUAAAUUUGAAGCUCAUUACGAUUACGGAAAUACCAUACUAGCAGGAAGCAUGAUAAUCGAUUGGAAAAUUAGCAGGCCGUAGCCACAGCUGUCACCUUUCUACUGCCACCUGGUGGCCCGACUCAGCGAUUGAUUGUUUACGUUUGAAGUGUGGAGAUUAUUGCCAACACCGGGUCACUUCGAUGUCUCCCAGAAUGCUGUCAAUGUGCAAACACUCUCGUUUCUCGUUAUGCCAGGCCAAGCAGUGUUUGGCGCGCGCGCGUGUGUUUAUACAAAUCACGCAUUACCAUUUCAAACGAACCGCACGCCACCACCAGGCGAGGUGGCGUGGCAAAUGUCAUUCACGAUAUAACACAGAUAUAACAGAUAUAACAGUGCCAGUUGUAUUUUUUCCCGCCAUGUAGAGUGUGCUCAACAGUUUGGUUUUAGUCGAAAAAAAAAAACACAUUGAGCAGCGAGCCAAUUUAUGGGUGUCAUAAAUAAUAAACAGUACCGGGCCGCGUGAGUGGAACAUCGCGUUUUUCGCGUGAUGCCUUUUUUUCUGUCGCUUCUUCGAUGCUAUGAUGAUCGCGUGACCUCAUCGGGGCUGAUGGGCCCCGAAGAUAGGCAAACACAAGAAAUACGCCCACCUUGAAGUAACUUGUUCGUUUUUUUUUGGAUGGCGCUAAAGCAGAAAGUGACACUUGCUUGCUUUGAUAGCCUACUGCGAAAUCAUGCUUGCUGUCGGUUGGCAACGGUUGUUAUUGUUUUCUACCGGUGAAAAACACGGAACGAAAUAAGUGUGAUCUAUUUAUUUACUUAAGCCAAGAUUUUACGUUGCAUUUGUUCUUCAUUUCAACACGAUGCACCAACGCAGUCGUCCUAUAGUGUUAAGCAUUUUCAACCGAUAUCGAACCACAACGGAAACCAGCCGCAGGCAGAAUGAUAUGCAAAUUUUCCAAUUUAGUGUAACGAAAGGCAGACAAACAUGCUCAUUCUUACAGAGCAGCAACAGCAGCAGUAAUUACUCGACCAGACAUUCCUAGUACUUUUACAGACAGAAAAUUUUUCCAUGUUUAUAGUGAAAGCAACAGCAUAGUAAAAAAAAACAUUUGUACACUGAAAAGUAAAACUAACAGAAGAAAAAACAACAAAACGAAUCGCCCAUAAACACCAGUUUUAGUACCAGAUUUAUAAACCGAAGCAUUUCCAAUAACUACUAAUAUUAACAGAACACGUGAACAACAACAACAACAACAAAACUCAUACACACAUAUUUUUAGAAGUUUUCCCAACUCGCGCCAGCGACGCAUUUUGUAGUCUUUUGCGUUCGGUUUAUUUACAAACAAAUUCAUCAUUCAGCGGAAGAAGAGAACACACGUGUGCGAAGCAGAACGCAAGACGAUCUCAAAGAAGAAGAAGAUGAAAAAGCCAUAAAAGAUUUCCCUACGAUUAGGUAGGACCGAGGCAGAGCAGGAAUCUCUCUUCGCGCUAGCACAGUUAGUAGGUAGGCAGUCUGCGAGGAGACCUGGGCGAUGAGCGGAAGAACGAAUCGUUUCACGCGGAACGCAUCGUUUAUGAGAUCGGUCGUCGGUGAAAUGCGUGGAAGCAGGAGGGAAGGAGAAAGAAAAGUUCAUUUAUCAAAGUGCAACCAUAUGUGCAAUGCUCUAGCCGCCACAUCGUUGAUCGAAGCAGCCGGUGCGUGCGCGCGUGGUGAUAAACGUCGAAAAGGGGGCAUUUUGACAGCUACGAAACAUUGACAGGGGGUCGACCGGGGGUGCCAAGAUAUUUUCGGUCCGGGUUGUGAUGUUGGUGUUUUCUGCGGCCACAUGUGUGUGGCGGGUGUCGCAGCUGAACGAACCGAUGAAAGGUUUCGGGCCAUAAAACGUUUUCACUUCACCGGUGCAGCCCGGUUGAGGAGAGGGAUGGCACUGUCCCGGGGAACAAAACGUUUAAGACAUUCUGUCGAAAUAGUAUACGAACUUCGAAGAAACGUUGGGAAGGUUUGGGAAAUGAUUUGAUCGCAGUAGACAUUGGGCAAUGAGAUAGAAGCGCAGGUUUUGACAGAAACGCGUUCUCCGAUUGCGUGAAAAUAGAAAUCUGGCGUACUCGGAAUUUGGAUUCGAUUGCGAUUACGUAGUGGAGUUUGUGGGUCAUUGGCUGAUUUCGAGCAUUCCGAAUUUCGUAUUUUAACGGGAAUUUUACAGGUUUUUUCUGAGAAAUUUACCGCAAUAAGUAAAGUGUCAUAAUUACUAUUCACAAUGUGAACUCAGGCAAUGAAAUCCCUUGAUCUGAAAAUUAAGAUUUUUCGGAUUCAAAGCAUUAGUCAGCCGGGUAAAAUUUUAUACAACUGAAUAUAUGAAACUAAAUCUUCAAGUUCUUCGGAUAUAUAGAACUUGUAAAUGUCCAGUUCUUCCUAGAAUUACAGAAUAAACUGUUGGACUUUACUGAAAGCUAACAAAAGGAUCUACAUCGUGCAUUCAUUUAACUGGACUGUAAUAAAAUUGUGUAAGUGAGCGAUUAUUCAAUGACAUUUGUAAUGUGCGAUCAAUCCGAUUGACAGUAAUGCCAAUUAUUAUAUAUACCUGUUUAUUUAGCCUAUUUGAGAGCCCCUCAAUGAAUGGAUCUUUAUAUCCGAACGGUAUUGAUCAUUAGUACAUUGGAUUUAUUACAACGAAAUGUUCAUUGCAAAAGGUAAUGAAAAUCCAUUCGGCAACGUGCAGGGAGUUAAAAAUUAAUAUCAAUCCCGUCCGUUUUUGCCUCACUAAAUGUAUGACGAAAUUUUACUUGGAAUCGAUUGUUUCACAUGGAGUCCACGUUGAAUCGGAAUUCAUUAUAAAUUCCACAUGGAAUUCGGAGUGAAAAUUUGUCAUUAAUUUCGCUUAAAUUGGAAAUUUAUUCAGAAUGUAUACGGGGUAUACGAGAAGUUGGAAAAAUCAUACAAUGAGUUUGAAGAUGACGUUUGAGUAAUAAACAAAAGCGAAAAUAAACAAUCUCUUGCUAUUACGUUCUUCGAAAAAAUUAUCCGAGAAUUUAAUAUUUCAGCCCGUAGCAAUUUUGGACAGUUGCGUUUAAGAACUUUCCAAAUGUUUACGUCGAUUUUCCCUUGCCUUUAAACCAGUGUUCAAAAAAAAAUCAAAUUUUCGAGAACACUAACUGAAAUUUUUCGCAAGUAAUGUUAAAAAAAAUCCUCGAGAAAACUCACAAAAGUUCACCCACCACUGAUUAUUCUGAAAACGCGAUUCUCACUGAAUCUGAUCUCACAUGACACAAAAUUAGUUGUGAAAACUAAUAGCGAACAAUCUUCUCGAUGAUAUUUUAGAAAAAAAGUUCGCAUAUUGAAUAUAUCUGAUUUGAUUCUCGAACAGAAGAACGCAUGUUAUGUAGCUGAUUAAAAACUAUUGCCCAAUUUAGCUUGAAUAUCAUAUGCAGAAAUGUUAAAAGGUCCUUAAUAAACUCAAUAAAAAAAAAUUAUAUGCAGAAAUAACAGGAGCGCAAGAUAUCGCUACGCCAAUUCAAACACACCAUUCUAACACUGCUCAUAUUGAGUGAUUGAGACAUGUCAAAUCCUGCGCUCCUCCUCCUUCUGUACAACAAAUUCAUGCUAAAUAGCGUUUUUUGAGUUAAAUCUAUUUGGGGUGGAAAUUUUUUACAAUAAUUAAAUCUAACACGAAUCACUGACGAAAUAUCAUCGGAGGCUCUUCUCACUUUCGAUUAUCUCUUAAGCGAUAGUUCUGUGGGUAAAAAUUCGUCAUCGAGUUUCGCUGACACAAAAAAAACACUUGUGGCCUUUGAGGUUCAAAGUUUUGUGGAUGCUUGUUUCGUGAAGUGAUUUUUCCGGUCACUGAGUUUUUAUUCAGAAAAUCUCUUGAACCGGUUUUUUUUAUAAAAGUUGAUGGAAUGAACAUUUUCGGAUCGUGAGUUUUCCAACACUGUUGGUAACUAAACAUUACCAUUACCACAUCCACUUGACGAAUGGAUCCCGAAAAGUUAUGCUUUAGGUUAUUUCAAAUCCCAAGAUGGCGGUAUAUUUGGCUUCGGUUUGUCAAUAUUGUUGUGAGUUCGAUUGAAGAUGCAUUUUUUUAUUCAUUUAAUUGUGCACUAUUAGUCAUCUUCAAACUGAUUACAGUUACUUAAUUAGACUGUAUGAAGAAACUAGGUAUUUCUCAGUUUACUCGAACUAUUAGGUUCUUCUCUGCAACCGAUUUAGCUGCUUUUGUUCAAGAUUUUCGAAAUUUUUCCAAAGUUUGUUGUUUAUACUGAGAGAGUUAUCUAAUCACGAGAGCCCAACACCGUUAGAUGAGUCGUAAGUUAAGUGGAUUCACCUCUAUCGGUACAACAUGCACUCCAUUCGCUUUAUGCCAUUCCAAAACGUCUUUGGCGUAGUGGAAAGAUGCCAAAUCAGGCCAACAAUCGCUUUUUUUGGCAUUAUUCACGGAAUAUUUGCUUAUUUACCGUCCCGGUAGUGACGAAGCUUUUGCUUGCUCGACCACAGUUUCAUAUUGCCUGCUAAACCAAAUAUUUUUGGAAAUGCUACUCUUAGCCGUUCUGUUGUUUCGUCGUUUCACGCAGGAAAACUGCGUCAAAUACUCGCGAUACAAAUUGCGAGCCAGGUUUUGGCCGUUACAUUAUUUUUUUCAUUACGACUUCAUACCUUGCUUGAAAGUAUGCGCGAAAGUUGGAGAUAUUUUUAUUUUUCUAGCGACAGUACGUACCGAAAGAUCCGUUCUCUUCUGCAAUAUUUGCUCCACCUUCGCGUCCUUCGUCACUAAAAAUUGAUUCUAUACAUUGAACAGACAUACGUUCAUCAGUUUGCGAAAUAUUUCACGCUUUGAUGAAGUGUUUUCAUAGACAAACGUAUUUAGGGGUGUCCAGAUUUUGUCACGAACAAGCCUUAAUUGCACUUAGGCCUUUCGGUCGUUGUACGCUGGAUAUUUUGGUACUAAACUUAUUUCCGUAUUAAUUAUAAAUACCGCAACUAAUUAAGUUGAGUUCACUUAAAAUUAUGCCGAUGUGAGCUUCGAACAUGGCCUUAUUUCCAAUUCAAAAAAACGAUGUUUAACAAAUGGUGACAUGAUUUUUCCCCGCAUAACGAAUCAUUGCCGCAUAUUGUUUCUGGGGCCCUCGCCUGCUGCGAUCGAUGUUUUAUGGUCUGCUUUGUUGCCGCCAUGGCGACUCGAUCCAAUAGAGAAAAAAUUGAGCAAUCUCGAUUAAAAAUUCAUCACGUGUCUUCCGUACUAGCUGCAUCCCUUCCACCUAAACCUCGAACCAAAUUCAACAUCGGUGAAAAAUAACCGUGAAAGUAAGGAAAUCUAAACACGCACCGGCCGACCGACGAGAAAAAAAAAUACUGAACAGAACCGCGCUCUUUUGACUCAUCGCUCAGUCGUAAAACAAAAAAGAAUACAGAAUAGAAACAAAAAAAAACAAGCAGUCAUAUUUAUAUUCCACCCAUACAGAAGAAACAGAAAAACCUCCAAUCGGACAGAAACAGUUCAAUACAAUAUACAAAGUUCCGGAUCACAUCAUCGCGAUGACCGCAAUUUCGGACAUCGAGAGGAAAAGUCUUAAUCAUUUCAAUUUCCAUCACCCAUCGAAACGCAAAACCCAGAACAAGCCGGCGGAGCAGCACGCAGAUUGCAGAACUUUCGGACUGAAAUUUAAUCGAUUAAUUUGAAAUCAAUGUUCGAUUGUUGAAUAAUCGACAUCUCUGAUCGCAGCAAUCUGCGGGAAAGCAUUUGUCAAUCUGACAGAUUGGCAAAAGCAGCAGCAGUCGGCGUGGUGCUUCGUGGGUUUCGCUUUUCAAGUCACUAGUUUACCAACUACUUGCUGCCUUGCAAACAAAAAAAAACAAACAAUAUUGAAAGCUUACAGAAACAAACUUAUAGACAAUUUUUAUGCUGAACAUUACCGCAUAUAUAAAAACAAUUCCUCUAAACUACACUUUUUACAACCGACUCCGGAGAUAGCGAAUCCAUGAGGGUUAAGGGUUAACACUUUUCGGUUCCGGUUUUUUUUGUUGUUGAGGGAAAACCUGAAAGCAUUUUCGGUAAUGAAGCAAUUCAUAGUUGUACGAUGGAUUCACGUUGCGGGACGAGGCGAGACUGUGCGAAAGAGCAGGUAGUGAAAUCAUCAAGUCAAAUAAGUUGAUGUACUUUGUAUAGAGAAAAAAAAACCAAUAAAAGCAAAUCAAAACAGAGAUAAGUAAAUCGUAAAUUAAAAAAAACAUACAAGUUAUCGAUACAUGGUUUAAAACGUCUGACGACUCUCCAUUAGUGUUAGUUAGUUAGUUUAGUUUUUUUGUUCGUUGUUGUAAAAAAAAAAUUUCUCCCUGUCUGUCGGGCGGGGCACUAGGCAUUCUCGGCUGAAAACUCCCCGGUUCCAUUUUCGUGCAAAGGAAAAUGUGUUUGAUGUACCUUUCUCUCCGAUUGAACACUUUCGUUAACAGAAACUGUGCGAUUAAUAAUAAACAUAAAAAAUAAUACAACUAACACAAGCGAAACGACAUUACCCAGUACCUAUUCGAGAAAGUAGAAAAAGCAAACCUUUUAGAUAUCGAAAGUCGAAAAACAGAUAAAUCCAAGAACAGACUGGACAGUGAUUUUUGCCCAUCCCAAAAAAAAAUUGCAAGAGAUUAGGAAACGAGAGAACAAGAACUGCUGGAAACUGACCAAGAGUCAAACCCAAAACACGGACACAAACAAGCGAACAAAAUAAUUAAAAAAAAACAGAAGAUACAGCACUAAGGUCAAGGGACAGGUAUUUUGUAGCAUUUACAGAUAACAAAAUGAAACAAAAAAACGGGGAUCGGAAUAAAAUGGAGAAAUAAUCAAGAGUGCAUUUUUUUUAAAGCGGUGUGUCCCGGGAAUUACGCUAAUAGACAACCCGACUGUAUGGGGAUUUUACAAACAAAAUACACGUAGAAGAACAACACAAGAAAAAGCAAAAUCCCUCUGGAAACUUUUAUGUGUGUGUAAGAAAUAAUAAAAAAAAGUACCACAUGUCGGAAUGGGUGGUAUAAAAACAAUAGAGCUGUAGGGUGUUUUUUAUGUGGAGAACAGAGCAGCUGUUGGUAGCAAAUAACAUCAUAUUAUGAUUAUUAUUGCUAAUAAUAUUAUAGAUUCGCGAGCAGGUAAGACGUGUAAAACAGCAACAACAAAAACAAAACAGUAAAAAAUAACUAUUAUUAUUAUUAAAAUUAUUAUUACAAUUAUAACAUUCUAUACAUGAACCUAAGUAUAUAAACAAUAAAGUAUAUUAAAAUAAAA